AACAAAAGAUGUCUAUAGAGUUCCAUGCGCGUUCUGUGUGAGUGCAGUGCAGACAGGCACACCGGCUCCCAGGUGCAGCAUUUUAUGGGAAUCUGCCGGUAUGUGUCCGCAGACUACUCUUUGAUACACAGCUGAUUCAAGGCAAUGGGAGUUCAAGGACUUUGGAAACUUCUAGAAUGUACAGGAAGACCCAUCAAUCCAGAAACUCUGGAAGGAAAAAUUCUUGCUGUUGAUAUCAGUAUUUGGCUGAACCAGGCUGUUAAAGGAGCAAGGGAUCGCCAUGGCAAUGCUAUUGAAAAUGCACAUUUAUUGACCCUGUUUCAUCGACUUUGCAAGCUCUUAUUUUUUAGAAUUCGUCCUAUAUUUGUGUUUGAUGGAGAGGCUCCCCUGUUGAAGAGACAGACUUUGGCAAAGAGAAGGCAGAGGAAAGAUACUGCAGCUGAUGAUGCCAAGAAAACCAGUGACAAAUUAUUGAAGACCUUUUUGAAAAGACAAGCCAUUAAAGCUGCAUUGGCAGGAAAUAAAGAAAGUAAUGCAGAAUUACCGAACCUCUCACAAGUUCGGAGGAAAGAGGAAGAGGACAUAUAUGCUUUACCACCACUCGAAGAUAAAGAUAGGAAUAGCUCAGAAGAAGAAGAAGAACGUGAAUGGGAAGAACGAAUGAAGCACAAGCAGAUUCUGCAGGAAGAAUUCUUUGAAAAUCCUAACUCUGUGGACAUUGAAUCUGAAGAUUUUAGGUGCCUUCCUCCAGAGGUAAAGCAUGAAAUUCUGACCGACAUGAAGGAAUUCACAAAACGGAGGCGAACUUUAUUUGAAACCAUGCCAGAGGACUCCAGUGAUUUCUCAAAGUACCAACUAAGAGGUCUACUGAAAAAAAAUAAUCUGAACAAGUGCAUUCAAACUGUUCAGAAAGAGAUGAGCCAGCAAUACAGCGGAGAAGUUCAGGCUCAGUUUGAAACAGAAGGUGGAUUUAUAAAAGAAAUAGAAACACGGCGGCUCGUCUCAGAGGACACUUCUCAUUACAUUCUUAUUAAAGGUGUUCAGUCAAAGGCUGAUGAAAAGAGGGAAGAUUCUUCUGUUCAGGCAUCAUCUUCUGCUGAUAGAGAUAUUGCUCCAAAAACCUACCUUGACCUAAAACUGGCUUCCGCUCAUAAGCCAAAGCAAGUCAGGGACACCUCUACCAAAUCUGCACCGCCUUCACCAAGAACACUUUUUGCCAUAGAAGAAGCAUUGCUGGAGAAUCCCUCAGAAGAAGAAUUGGUUAAGGAAGACAUUCAAAACUACAAGAUCCCCUUUGAGCCUGUUACCAUAGGAGAAGGCAGUGUUUCGCCUAGAACAUUGCAUGCUAUUCAUCUUGCCCUUGAUGAAGAUGAACAGGGAACAAGUUGCAAAAAGAGUGAUGGGAAAAUUGGUGAAUAUGGGUUAGCAGAACCAAAACCUGCAAAUCCCCUUAUAAGAAUCACUUUGGAUGAAGAGCAGGACAAUUUGGCUACAACGUCAUUAAGUAUAGCACCAUGUUUGCAACGUUUUGGGUAUCUAAAGGAUCUACCCACUCCAAAGAAAAUUGAAGAUGAAAAGAUGAAGCCUAAAGAUUCCGCAGCCAAGCCACUAAAUAGCAGCAGUUCUGAUGAAGAGGACGAUGACUUGGCUAAUAGACAAAUAAGAACAUUAUUAAGAAAUAUUGAAUGUUCACCCAGUCCAACACUGAUCUUGCAAAGAACUGGAAAUCCCAAGGGCAUCCCAGCUCCAAAGAAAAGUGACUCCUCCUCUGAUGGCCCCAUAAACCUUGAUCCAAACCAACAAGGUGUUAAACGUUCUCUCUUUCUUAAACAAGAUACAUCUGAUGCAUCUACAUCAAGAAGUCAUUCACCUCUCCUUAAUGAUGUAUUUCCCAGAAACCAAUGUCUGGAGUUAGAGACUGAUAAACCACAAAUAAGUGCUACAGAUGUAGCUAGUGUAAUGGUUACACCCAUGAAAACUGAGACCAAUACACCAGGGUCUUCCAAAAUGCCUUCUCCUGGGGAGCCAGAUAGCUUAUAUCCAAUACCUGCAAGUAACCUGUCUCCAAAACAGGUUUCACCUGUUUCCAUAAAUGUGGUUGAUCCAUAUAUAGCAAAUCCUGCUAGGUUAAUGGAACCAAGAAGUAGUAGCAAAACUGAUGAAUCAUAUCUUCCUCUGACGCCAGAAAGUAUAGAAUUGGAAGAGCACUCUGCUAGGAAUAAUGACGUUGAAUCAGACUCCGAUACAAGUUUUAUUGAGGUAGAAGAGAAUACUGCAAGUGGUGAUGCUUCACAGCAUUUGGAAGUUAAUGCAACAAGUAAAGCGGCUGAAAUCAAACCAACAAUUUCCGAAAGUCCUGCUAGUAAUAUACUCAGUACCAGCAGUUCAGUGGAAAACUCUUUCACCGUUGAAGAUACGGAUGAGCAGUCCACUUCACAGAAAAAGGACUUAGAAAAUGUGGAAGCUUCAGUGAACGAGUGGCAAGAUAUUAGUAUGGAAGAGCUUGUGUCACUUGAGAACAAUCUAUUUGUUGAGCAGACUUCCCUUCAGGCACAGAGACAGCAGCAGGAGCGGAUAGCUGCAACUGUUACAGGCCAGAUGUGCAUAGAAAGCCAGGAGUUGCUACGUCUCUUUGGCAUUCCUUUCAUUGUAGCCCCUAUGGAGGCAGAAGCUCAGUGUGCUAUCUUGGACCUUACUGACCAGACAUCGGGAACCAUCACAGAUGACAGUGAUAUAUGGCUCUUUGGUGCACGACAUGUGUAUAAGAAUUUCUUCACACAAAAUAAAUAUGUGGAGUAUUACCAGUUUUCAGAUAUUCAUAAUCAGCUGGGAUUAGAACGCUCAAGGCUCAUAAAUUUAGCAUACUUGAUGGGAAGUGAUUACACUGAAGGAAUUCCAUCAGUUGGUUAUGUUUCUGCCAUGGAGAUACUCAAUGAAUUCCCUGGGCAAGGCUUGGAGUCUCUCAUAAAAUUCAAAGAAUGGUGGACAGAAGCCCAGAAAAAUAAGAAAAUUCGAUCAAACCCACAUGAUACAAAAGUGAAAAAGAAACUGCGGGAUCUGGAGCUGCAUCCUAGUUUCCCAAACAGAGCUGUUGCUGAUUCAUAUCUUAAACCUGUUGUUGAUGAUUCCAAAGGAGCUUUUAUUUGGGGAAACCCAGACCUAGAACUAAUCAGAGAAUUCUGUGAGAGUCGCUUUGGCUGGUACCGAUCAAAGACUGAUGAAGUUCUUCUGCCAGUAUUGAAGCAAUUAAAUUCCCAAAAGACCCAACUUCGUAUAGACUCUUUUUUUCGAGUGGAACAACAUGAGGCACAGGCUAUAAAAAGUCAGAGGUUACGCAGAGCUGUAACAUGCUUGAAAAGAAAGGAAAAAGAAGGUGAAGCAGGGGAAGUUGAGGAAGCUACUGAAAUGAUGGAGAAAGAAUUUGCAACACAAGAAAAAACACAUGGUAAAAAAACACAGAAAGAGAAUGCAAAAUCCAACCUAGGGAAAAGAAAACUGGCAAAAGAAAAAAUUGAACAUACAAGUGGUGUAGAAGGGGGAUUUAUUGACAGUGGAAUGAAAGCUUUGUCCCCUAACAAGUUUUCUGUUGAGAAAUUGGACAGUGAUGCAGAUUGCACAAGUACCUGUGAAGAAAUGGAUAAAGAUUCAACUGGAGGUGUACAUGUCCUCAGUCCAAGACUAGCCAUAAAAGUUAGAAGCAGCAGCUCAAGUGAUGAUGAAGAGAAUACUGUGAUGGUAACUGCCAGGCCAGUGUUUCAGGGUAACCCUAAAAAAUCUAAAACCGUGAAAAAAAGAAAGAAAUGAUUUCAAUUCAUGUAAAAGAAUACCACCAUUACUUGACUAAGUUAUUUAGUUUUUGUUUUUUUAACCAGAAUUGUACUGCUAUUUCUGAUUGUACUGCUAUAAUCUUUAAUUAAAUACAGCGCUAAAUACAAA